CAAGUGCUGUGGAGUGGACCAUGCAUUCUCUCACUUUAGUAGUCUCAAGGCCGCCCUCAGUCCUCAAAGAUUUCAAGAAAAGAACAAAAAAGUCUAUCUCUCACUGUAUCACUCAGACACGCACACGUAUUUACACCAACUCUCUCAUCUCUCUCUCUCUCUCUCUCUCUCUCUGAUUACUUUUCCUAAACACCUUCUUUGAGAGCCUCUCUAAUUGGGUUUUGCGUCUGAAGAAACCAUUAAUCUGGGAAUUUGAGGUUGCAGGAAGAUUCCAGGCAAAGCAAGCAGGGCUACGUCGAGUCAGAGGACCCCCAACCCCCCCUCUCUCUCUCUCUCUCUCUCUCUCUCUCUCUGUCUUACACAUAAAACAACGUUCAUUUUGUGGUUGAUUUUUAGGGUUUCAGAAAGAGUCCCACAGAAGGGCAAGGGCAAUUAUUGAGAACUGGACGAGGGUGCAGGCCGUGGGAGAGGACUAACAUGACCUUGUCGGUUGUUCUGCAAGACUCCUUUCUGAGUGUAGUCAUAACUCAGUUUGAGUGCAAAGCUCAGGCUCAGGCUCAGGCUCAGGCCAAGUUUUCUUAUAUUUGCUUCUAAGCUGAGGCAAUCACAGCUCCCUCUCUUUUAAUGCUACAGUCUGACUUUCAGGAUGGGAUGAAUUAGGGUUGAGAGGAAUACAGCAACUUCCAUAACAAACAGAAAUCAAAAGGAAACGAGGAUGUUUUGAGAGUCAUCAUUUUUAUUAUUUUCAAAACACAAAGGGAGACUGAGAUCAAGGCUUAGAUCAAGGAUUCACAUCAGAAAUCAGAUUUAAAAUGGAACUGAGAGGCCAAGAUAAAGAAAUAGGGAUGCCGAGCACCUUGAGCUAUAAUCCAUCCCACAGAGAGUCAACCAACAAGCUGUCUUCUCCAAUUGUAGCUCCAGCUGUGGGAGAAAGACGAAGGGAUCAAACUGUUCAUGGUAACACGAUCGUUAACCCAGUUCAAGAACUAGAUCAUCAUCCUGUUUAUCAUCAUCCUCCUCCUCCUCCUCCUCAACAGUCAGAUCCACAUCCACAACAGGAUGCACACAAAACCAGAAGAGAUCCAGACCCAAAUCCAGAUCCAGUCCCAGCUCUUGCAGCCACAGGUGCAAUAAGCACACCAACCAGUACUGGCGCAUCAACAUUAAAAUCACCACUCCCACAACCACCACGAAGCACCUCUACCAUUAGGGCUGCACCAAAGGUGAGAUAUAGAGAAUGUUUGAAGAACCACGUGGCCAGCACGGGCGGGCACGUUGUGGAUGGCUGCGGAGAAUUCAUGUCAAGCGGGAAGGAAGGCACCCCGGAGGCCUUAAAGUGUGCAGCUUGUGAAUGCCACCGGAAUUUCCAUCGGAAAGAAGUCGAGGGUGAUUCUAAAUAUGUUUCCAAUUGUUACUACCCGAACCCCAGCAUAAACAAUGGCCAAAGAGAAAUGGUGCCUUCUCAACAUCAUCCUCCACUCCUUCCUCCCUCGGCUCAUGUAUAUCAUCAUCAGAAAUUCCCGCAUGUUCUAUCCACAGCUCCUUUGACCGGAGCCACCGCGCCGAUGAUGAUGGCCUUUGGAGGCGGCGGUGGAGCGCCAGCCGAGUCUUCGAGCGAAGAUCUCAAUAUGUUUCGGUCUAAUGUUGGUAUGCAAACUUCAGUACAAGCGCCGCAAUCCAAAAGGAGGUUUCGGACAAAAUUUACUCAGGAACAGAAAGAUAAGAUGAUGGAAUUUGCUGAGAAGUUGGGGUGGAAGAUCCAGAAACAUGACGACCAAGAAGUCCAGCAGUUCUGUUCCGAAGUGGGUGUAAAGAGGCAAGUUUUCAAGGUAUGGAUGCACAACAAUAAACAAGCCAUGAAGAAGAAGCAAAUGUAAGGCAAAUCAAACUCUUCAAACCCUUGAGAUUACUUUUACUGAUCAGCAAAUGCAUAUAUUCGGUGAAUGAUUAGAUUAGAUGUGCACAGAGGUACUACAGAAUGGAGGAGUUAGAUUACCCACCCACUACUGUACGUAUUAGCAAUAACCUUUUUUUUUUUUUUUUUUUCUGGUGCAAUUCGCAGUGAUGCUAUAAAUUAACCUCAAUCAAUCUGUAAAUCUUCUUCUAAUUUGGUGACUCUUGGUAGUCAUAAAUAUUCUCUCAAUAAUUGGUAAGCCCAUGUUUAUUAUCUUUCUACUGAAAAUAUUCUGUCUCUCAUCUUCUUUGUUCCAAAACUAGCUAGCUCAAGUUUCCACGGAUCAAGGCAAAUCAGGGAAAAAGGGUAAAGAUAGAAAAAUGAUACAGCUUAAUUUUGGUUUUGUUGGAUGAAUAUGAACAUGGGUUUUAUAUCUGUUCCUUAAAACAUGUUCAUCUGUAAUAAAAACUCUCUCUUUAACAUUCGUUAGUAGUUCUUACUGUCUCAUUUCCUUACUUUAACCCUUUAGUAAAGUAAUUGUUUUGGUAAAACCCUAUAUAUGCUUCUUCUAUCUUUCUCAGGAAUCAAACGGGACUGAAGGUGUCACUAAACAGUACUUUAAAAAAACACCGACACUCUAUAUAAGUUCCGGUCGCGUUGUCUUUUUCCAUGUUUGAGAAUUUGUAAUUACCAUCCGCGGACUCCUACUGUGGGUUAUGGUUCAGUACUAUCAAAACUAGAUAAGUUUUCUGUGUCAUGUAUUUACUGUUGCACGUGGAGAGGCGUCUGCCAAUCUGAACCCUUGGUUCGUACGGCAAACGACUUUAUUGCCCAUGGCCACUGGCCAGGCCGGAGAAAACAUCAAUGGAGGAGCUGUCGUAUAGGGAGUUUUGCUGGAAGAUGUUCCAAAUUAAAAAUAGGGUUAUAAUUUAGCUUGAUUCUGGAUAUAAUUCAUGACGGCCUGGAUGAAGAGGCCAGUUUUCACAUAAAUUUAGGAAGCCUUUUCGGAG